UUUAAUUGGACAGUGUGGGUGAUUUCUGAACUAUAUCAAUUUUUCACUGUUUGAAAUAAACACCGGGCGAAAAAGUGAUAUUUGAAACAAAUUCUUCCACUUUUUUUGUUUAACCUGUCGAUAGGUCGCAUUUUAAAAUCAGAUAUCCACGUUUCAUAUGUAAUUGUUUCAUUGAUCAGAUAAACUUUUUGAAAGUCUUACUCGCGCGUUACAGCUUUUGUGAAAGGAAUUGUAUUCGAAAGAAGUAAAAGUUAUUUGUUUACUUGCCAACAGUGUACUGUUUGAAAACCAAAUUUACUGUAGAUUUUAGCACGUUUUUGUGAUGUGAUCCUUUGAACGCGGGUAGUAUUUUAAGACAGACAAGGUGCUUAUAAUUUUACAAUUAAAGUGUGUCGUUGCAUACACAUACGAGGAGUCAAUAUUUGAAAAACUGACAAUACAUCCAGAAAGAAAUUUAUUACAUGAGUAAUGUGUUAAAUAAAUAUUGUGUUAGAUUACAAGCGGACAAGAACUAAAUUGUCGUAUAAGUGAAAUACUAACGUGAGACUAUGGAUUGAAAAUCUAAAUACCAAGGAGAAAAUGAUCCAGAGAAUAAGGCGCGGUGUGUUGUGUAGUGUGUUUAAUUAGUAUAAUCACAUGAACCAUAUGGCAUUUCGGAAGUAUAUAAUAGUGUAUCCAGAGUGAAUACUAAAUAGUUCGUAAACUUUACGCGUUUAAGGAAGAGAUAUAAACGCCUGUUUACGGAAAUGCGUGCGGAGUGCAGGAGAAACGAUAGCGUUAUGCAAUUGAUAUGUGUACUUUUGUUUUUGACCAAAAGCUUUGGAAAGGUUGUAAAAUCAUACAGCUUUUCAGUGAGAACAAAAUAAUGAUAACAUAUAGCUAAACCAGGAACAUGUGUGUAAUAGAUAUACAGUGAAGCUGUGUUCGUAAAAUUGUUCACAAACUUAAGCUUAACCUUAAAUAGUUUGCAUUUAUUGGUCACCAACUAAUAUCAACUCAGAAAAAUAAAUACGCUAUAAUAACACGUUACAAGGACGUUGUGCUAAUUUAAACUGCGAUAAACGUUUUAAAACAGUUAUUGCAAUAUUGAACAAUAGAUCUGAAACUACUUUUCUAACGGAGAUUAAAUCUACAUUGCUUUAUACGGGCCGCAUAUGGAAUUAAAAUUAAUAAUUAAGAGAAACGUUCUGAAUUGGACAACAGAACACAAAAAAUGAGCGCAACAAAAGCACAUUUGCUAGAAACUGUCAUUGAAGAUCUGGAUGGGGAGAAAGGACUUGUUUCUCGUAAACUUAAAGAUAAAGCAAAGUCUGGAGUUCGAAAUGAACACGCUGUGCGAUCAGCAAAGUCAAGAAAGAAGAGCAAGAAGUUCGUGAACAUUGUCAUCAAAGUGCCUUCUGCACCAAGGGAGGAAAAUGAGAAUAAGAUAUUUCCCAAGGGGCUUGAAAGUAGGCAAAGAUCGUUUGACGACAUAAAACAGUUAAAAACAAAUGGAGACGAUUUGAACCAACAAACUGUUGGUCAUAGCAAACCGGAAAUGAUAGCGGAUGCCAAUAAUAACAUCGUUACGGAUUCAGACACCGGGCAGGAUGUUCCGAAUCUGAAUGAGACUGAUAAAGAAAAUGCUAAAACAAAAGACUGCAUGUACGAGAUGUUUUCGAGAACUAACACCGAUAACGUUUGGUCUAGUCAAGACACUAUCAAGACAAGUAGUGUAUCAUUUGUUCCUUCAAUAAGAGGGUCCAGCGAACGCAAGAAAAUAGAAAGACCGAAAUCCGUGGGAGGAUGGACAAAGCGAGAAUUGGAUCUUUUCUUGCCACGCAAGACGUUCUUUAGUGUACAUGAUAAGACUCUGGUAGGAGCGGGGAUGGAUACAAAUUCAGAGGAAGAGAGAAACCGACGACCGGAGUGGCGGAAGAUUCUUCGCAUGCAUACAAUGGACGAGCUUUAUCCACCGGAAAAGAAGACAAACGCCAAUUCGUUUCCGACGCCUUUUGCAGCGAAAGUUGAAUCAGAAAGCGAAGAUGAAGGAUUGUCAUUCUCAGAAAACGUUCAAACGUCAAUGUCAGCGGAUGCAUACGCUUUGGACUCGGGUAGCUCGGGUAUCAAGAAAAUGAAGCAAUCAGCGAAGAAAGGAGACAAAUCUGGUGAGAAAGAGGAGUAUAAACCGCUGUUUGAUUAUCUAAAAUACAUCCACGAAAAUCCUGAUGAGUAUAUUAAUCAGUCCAAGUAUUCGCGAAAAAACGUUGACCACAAGCAUCCGGAUACCAUGGUUCGCCUAGGCAGGGCGUACCGCCGUGGACAUCACGGGGCCGUAAGAAACAAUAUAUUCCUUCACGCAAUAUCCGGUCUUAAGGUCAAAAUGACCGACAAUUCAACGACCAAUCAGCGUACUGGUCGAGUAGAGAAAGUUGCAUCGAAGAAAACCUCCGAAGAUAUAGCAGCGGAGAAAGCAGCGGCGCACGACGAAACUGAUUUAGAGAAGCUGAAAUCCAAAACUGAAAGGUGGUUGACAGGCCUAUCAACUUUGCAGUUUAUGAAGGCUAAAGAAUUUGCUCUAAAGGACUUGGGCGAAGAGGACAUCAACUUUUCCAAGUGGUGGGUGGCCUUUCAGUCAUGUCAUUAUCUUCGAAUGCCGAGCUAUUACGGAGAAUAAUGAAUUGUAAAACAUGGCUAUUGACAAAGCUCAGUUAAUGUGGGGAAUUAUGUAACAAUAAUUAUGUAACCGGCGUUGAACAUUUCCAACUAUUUCGGGUAAUGAUGGAAUAACUGUUGACAAUAAACAGGUUUUCGGUGGUGAAGCACCCCGUGUAUCUUUUUACAACGUUAUUUAUGAUAACAUGUGUUGUUGCUCAACCCCCUGCUUCAUACAGAAAUACUUUUAUUGUAUUACUGUUCAUAUAUGUCCUGGUGAACUAUACGUAUACGAUGAUAUUUGUUAUGUAUAUUAUACAGUUGGCAUCUACGAAAUGCACAGCGUAACUAAUCAAAAACGACAUGUAUUUCGUAAUACUAAAUUUUUCAAAAUCGUGUUAAUAAUCAAUAGAUUUCGUAACAGUUUAGAAUAAAAACGCACGAAUAAUUUUAAAA